AUGGCUGGACAAAGACCACCUGGGCAUGAAGGAUCCAACCCUGAGACCAGGGGAUGCCGAUCUGCAGGAGAGACAAUCAAAAAGAAGGCGGUGAUGGAUCCUCUUGCUGACGUUGAAGAGGACCCCGAGCCUUCGCAUGAGCCAGCGGUACGCCCAACUUCAGCUACCUCCGUAGCGUCCGUGCCGGCAUCGGAUGCUUCGGAAUCGAAGACAAAGAAGGGUGGCAAGAAGAAGAAGGAUGACUCCGAGUCGCCAGGCGCCGCAGGCGCCGCGGCCGGCAAAGAGGCGGACACAGGAUCCAAAGCAGGCUCCCUUGAGGACCCCGCAGAUCCGGAAUCAGAUGCCGGCAAGACGGCAAAGCCAAAGAAGAAAGGCGGCAAAAAGAAAGGUGUAGCCACAGAUGAGAUGGGUCAGACAGCUGAGAGCUUUGCUAGCGUGGCAAGCGCGACAACAACCAGCAUUGCCUCUGCUGCCACGGAUGAGGAGGACUCCCCGAAGGCCAAGCGCAAGCCCAAGGCCAAGAGCGAAAGGAAGAAGGAGCCCCGCGCAGGCACCCUGGAAGUUCCCCAGGGUGGCGACACGGGCUCGAGGAAAGCCAGCGAUGUAUCCUCUGCUGAUGCGGAGGAAGAGGUUGUUGUACCGGGAAAGGAAAGAAACCCUCCGACAACCACAUCGCCAUCAAGAUCGCCAAAGAAAGAUCGAAGCCGCUCGCCAAAGCCAGAGGCUGAGAAGAACGAGUUCGGCAAGGACGUGGAGAACUUGGAUGGGCUUGGCGCCUUUGCCACCCAGUUUUGCUGGGCCGGCAUGUAUGGAGGUAUGAGUGGCACUGGACUCCGACCACGGUGGAAGGACAAUCCACGAUUGCCAGCCCUCGUUGGCAAGCAGUCCACGGAUGAUUUGCAUACGCCGUGCUACGUGAGACAUGCCUAUAGGUAUGGCACAGUGAAUGUCGGUCCGCCGUACAAGUGGCGUGAAGCCCUGGACGAGGGAUCGCCGGCGUGGACGGCGGCGCGUGUCCAGGAUGCGUGCAUCGAGAAGCAGGACUGGGUCCGCUCCUACAGCCGCAUCCUCCGGGAUCGCGCGCCCAAGCUGGGGCCCUCCGCCAACAUCCGCGAGCUCCACCGCAGCAUCUCGCUGCCUAAGGUGGCGGGCAAGCCCAGGCCGCGGCCUGUGCUGCGGCCCGCCAGCGCUGACGUGGAGAGGAACAGAAGCACUUCACCCAAACCGGAGGAAACUUCACUCCACGUUGCUGAGCCCGUGGACAGUUCAACGAUCAAGAAUCCAGCAGAGAAGAAGGGGAAGUCCAAUGAGGAAAAUAAGAAGAAAGACAAACAGAACAAGAAGGACAAGAAGGAGAAAAAGAAGGACAAAGGUGAGGAAGCCGAGGAGGGAAAGAAAAGGAAGAAGAAGGACAAGAAAAAGACGGAGAAGCAAAAGAGCGGUGAGCUGGAAGAUGAGGAAGAAGUGCCUGCAGAGACAGAAGAGGCAGUUGCCGAGGAUGAGGAGAAGCCAUUCGAGAUGUUGCCCUCUGUGGGCACAUGGUUGAUGUCGAGCUUCUUUGAGGACGUGCGGCCAUAUACUGCGGAGAUGCAGCGGAGAGUGUGGCGCAGUCGGACUACACGGUGA